UCCGUAGUAACCUGUAUGGAUCAUCGCGUCGACCCAAUAAAGAUAUUCGGACUAAACCCCGGAGAUGCCCACGUCAUCCGUAACGCGGGUGGUCUGACUAGGGAGGCUUUGCGCUCCAUCAUUAUCUCCCAGCGCCGUCUCGGAACCAAGCAUAUCUACGUACUCCAGCACACCAAAUGUGGAAUGCUGGGGCUCUCCAACAUUGAUGUCAGUGCCCAGAUCAUAGAUGAAAGUCCUGGGGAUCCCUGUGUCGCCGCGGCCGCAGUAGAAUUCGACUUCAAGCCGUUCCCAGACCUCGUCAAGAGUGUCAAGGACAACGUGCAGUUCUUGAAACAUCAUCCACUCGUCGAAACUCGUGGCAGAAUUCAGGGAUAUGUGUACGACGUUGAGACACAGAGGAGGCCCCCAAAGUUAGUAGCCUGA